AUGUCGCAGCCUCCAGCUAAACGAAGACGCGUAAAGCUUACGUUAGAGGAGAAGAUUAAGCUGAUCACGGAAUCAACUUCUGAACCAAAAGCAUCUCUGAAGACACUUGGCAAGCGCUUCAAGAUCGGAACGUCAACGGUCAGUGACAACUUCAAGAAAACGAAUGUAUUCCAGGAGCAGUGGGAGAGGCAUGCGUCCGGCUCCAAUUCCCGCUACUCAGUGAAGGCGUUCAAGGUGUCCGGACAGAGUGCUGGGGUGGACCUGCAGACAGUCAGGGACUUCAAGAGCCGGCUGCCAGACAUCAUAUUACAGGGAUACAUAUUGGAAAACAUCUUCAACGCCGAAGAGACCGGCCUCUACUACAAGGCGCUACCUGACAAGACCCUGGCUGUGCGCGGAGACGGUGCAAAGGGAGUCAAAGUGCACAAGGAUUGGAUAACCAUCCUCUUCGCAUGCAGCGGAACAGACGUCGAGACUCAUGACUCCGAAGAGGACGCAGCCGAUUCCGUCGCCGCCACCGAUGAUGUGGACCAGACUCAAGGAGAAGUGCCUCCAGUGACUCUCAAAGAGAUCCGCGACUUUGCUCUCGGUCUGCAGCGGUACGGACAUGAGACGGAUAGUGACUUCCUGGCAACUGUAGACACCCUCAUAAACAGUUUAGAGUUUAAGAUCGUGAAGCAGAAUUGUGCACUGAAGCAGAGAGUGAUUGCAGACUUUUUCAAGAAAUCAUAUUGUCGUCUGCGCAACUACAACGUGCUGUACAUCUGCGGUACAGACGAGUAUGGGACCGCUACGGAGACCAAGGCCAUAGCGGAGGGUCUCACCCCGCAGCAGAUAUGUGACAAGUACUCCGCCCUCCACCGCGACAUUUACAAAUGGUUCAAUAUUGACUUUGACUACUUCGGCAGAACUACUACGGAGCAGCAGAAAGUGAUAGCGCAGGACAUAUUCUGGCACCUCCACAAGAAAGGCUACGUACUCACCAACAGUGUGGAGCAACUGCACUGUGAGAACUGUGAUAGGUUCCUUGCAGACAGGUUCGCAGAGGGCACAUGUCCCAUGUGUAAGUACGAUGCCGCCCUUGGAGACCAGUGUGACGCCUGCGGAAAGCUUAUCAACGCUGUGGAACUCAUCAACCCCAAAUGUAAACUGUGUGGCAACAGGCCAAAGGUCCGGUCCAGUGAGCAUCUUUUCCUGGAUCUUCCCAAGGCAGAGCCGAAGCUCCAAGUCCACCUGGACAGUGUGUUCCAGACUGGAUUGUGGACGAACAAUGCGAAGGUGAUCACCAAGUCCUGGAUACGAGACGGGCUCAAACCUCGGUGCAUCAGUCGUGACCUCAAGUGGGGAAUACCGGUGCCUCUAGAGGGCUUCACAGACAAGGUGUUUUACGUUUGGUUUGACGCCCCCAUUGGCUACAUCUCAAUCACUGCCAACUACACCGAGCACUGGGCUAACUGGUGGAAGAACCCAGAACACGUCCAACUGUACAACUUUCUCGGGAAAGACAACGUCCCGUUCCACAGCGUGAUUUUCCCUGCGUCACUGCUCGGGGCUGAUGACCACUACACUGUGGUGGGUCACAUGUCUGCUACAGAGUACUUGAACUAUGAGGACGUCAAGUUCUCCAAGAGUCGAGGCACGGGUGUGUUUGGUGAUCAGGCACGUGACACUGGCAUCCCAGCAGACAUCUACAGGUUCUACCUGCUCUAUGUGAGGCCAGAAACUCAGGACAGCAGUUUCAGCUGGGAUGAUCUAUUUUUAAAGAACAACAGCGAGCUUUUAAAUAACCUUGGCAACUUCAUAAACAGAGCUCUGAUGUUUGUGAGCAAUAGUUUUGGUGGCAGUAUACAACAGAUGGACCUCUCAGCUGACGAUUUCAAUCUGAUUGCUCUGGUGACGAGAGAGCUGCGUUCAUACAUUGACAAUAUGGAAAACGCAAGAAUUCGGGACUCCAUCCGGAACGUUCUCAGCAUAUCUCGACUUGGGAACCAGUUCAUGCAGGAAAACAAGCCAUGGGUGCUUGUGAAAGGAUCAGACAUUGAGAAGUCUCGUGCUGGUACAGUAGUGAGCCUGGCAGCCAAUCUGGCGUGCCUGCUGUCCGUGUUGCUGCACCCGUUCAUGCCAGAGGUCAGCGCAACCAUCCAGGGCCAGUUGAACGCCCCUCCGUCUUGCAAUGUGGUCUAUGAGGAUUUUGUGUGUCACCUAGACCCCGGGCACAAGAUUUGGCAGCCAUCACCGCUUUUCCAGAAAAUAGAGUCAAGCACAAUCGCAGAGUUAAAGAAACGCUUUGCGGGCCAGGGACCUGCUGCUCCCAGCAAACCCAAGCCUAAGAAAGGAGGGGAAACUUCACAGAACUCCCAGACAGCAACCAGUCCUGCGGAGGUAGAGCGAUUACAAGAGGAGGUAACAAAUCAGGCGAACAAGGUUCGAGACUUGAAAGCAAAGAAGGCAGAGAAGGGUGUUAUAGACGCUGAAGUGAAGAUCCUCCUGGAUCUGAAGAAACAGCUUGCUGAUGCACAAGUACCAUCUGCCCUCACAGAAACCGGGGGAGGUAAAAAGAAGGGUGAGAAGGGAGAUCAGCCAGGAGUGAAACAGGAUGUGAAAGUAACAGCCAACAACGUGACUUCCAGUCCUGCAGAAGUUGAGAGACUAAAUAAGCUUGUUACUGAGCAGGGUAACAAAGUUAGAGAAUUGAUGACCGCAAAGGCAGAGAAAGCACUGGUUGACACAGAAGUGUCCAAACUUCUUGACCUCAAACGUCAGCUUGCACUUGCCCAAGGAGAGAACCCUGAUGCCUCACCAGCAGUAGGAAAACAGAAGGGCAAGAAAAAGUAAAAACUACUUUUGAGGAGGCAAUUGGAAAAGCCUUAAACCAUGGCUAUUUGAAUGAACUAUUUGAAAAUAUUUGCCUAUAUAAUGGUGUUAUAUACUAUACAACACUUGUUUUUAUGCCCCCAGUAGGGUGGCAUAUAGCAGUUGAACUGUCCGUCAGUAUGUCAGUCAGUCUGUCCGUCCAUCCGAAAAAAACUUUAACAUAGGCCAUAACUUUUUCACUAUUGAAGAUAGCAACUUGAUAUUUGGCAUGCAUGUGUAUCUCAUGGAACUGAACAUUUUGAGUGGUGAAAGGUGAAAAUGGGGGUCAUCCUUCAAGGUCAAAUGUCAAAUAUAUGGUGUCUGUCCGUCCCAAAACUUUAACAUUGGCCAUAACUUUUUCAAUAUUGAAGAUAGCAAAUUAAUAUUUGGCAUGCAUGUGUAUCUCAUGAAGAUGAACAUUUUGAGUGGUGGAAGUUCAAGGUCAAGGUCAUCCUUCAAGUUCAAAGGUAAAAAAACAAAAAACUUUUGUUCAAAGCAGCGUUCUCAUGAAGCUGCACAUUUUGAGUGGUGGAAGUUCAAGGUCAAUGUCAUCCUUUAAUGUCAAGGUCAUCCUUCAAGGUCAAGGUAAAAAAAUAAAUUCAAAGCGGCGUUAUCAUAAAGCUGCACAUUUUGAGUGGUGGAAGUUUAUUUAACACAGAGAGUUACUAUACAUAUGACUACCCUUUUGAAAUUCUUUAAACUGCUUUUAACGAAACUGUAUGAAACAACUCUCAAAUUAACUAUAUAACUUGAAUAUGUUUUUAUUUUGCUAGUAUUUAUCAAUCAGAUCUAAUGCCGGUUUCUGUGUUUUGCAAUAAUAGUGCAAAUAUUUGUUUAUAAGAGCUUUUGAAAAUUGAAUGUGUGCACUUGUAUUUAUUUAAUAAAUAAACGAAAAUCA